AUGGGGAACGCUCCGAGUCACAGCAGUGAAGACGAAGCGGCAGCCACGGGGGGCGAGAGCUGGGGCCCGCACCAGGACUGGGCCGCGGACUCCCGCAUGACCCCCGGCCCGGGCCCUGCCGCCCCAGCGCUGCCACCGGCUGCGGCGCUGCUGGAGCCCGCCCGGCUGCGGGAGGCGGCGGCUGCUCUGCGGCCCUCGCCGCCCUGCGAAUCUCUGGUGUCCCGGCACCACGGCGCGCUGUUACGCUGGCUGGAAGAGCGGCUGGGCCGCGGCGAGGAGUCCGUCACCCUGGAGCAGUUCCGGGAACUGCUGGAGGCUCGCGGCGCCGGCUGCUCCGGCGAGCAGUUCGAGGAGGCCUUUGCCCAGUUUGAUGCUGAAGGUGAUGGUACAGUUGACGCUGAGAGUAUGUUGGAAGCCCUCAAGAAUUCCAGUGGAGCUAAUCUCCAGGGGGAACUGAGCCACAUCAUCAGACAACUACAAGCCUGUUCUCUUGUUCCAGGUUUCAUAGACAUAUUUUCGGAGUCCAAGGAAGGCCGAGGUGUUCACGCAUCCAUGAUACUGCGCUUCCUGCAUCGCAAUCGGCUCUCUAGCGUGGCCAUCCCGUACCCCAUGCUGGACCACUGCAACAACAUGUGCACCAUGAGGGCUUCUGUUCUGAAGGAGUCUCUGGAUGAGCUGGUACAAAAAGAAAAGGAAAGCCCUGGAGACCUAACUAGAAGCCCAGAGAUGGAUAAACUCAAGUCAAUAGCAAAGUGCUAUGCUCAUAUAGAAACAUCCUCCAACCCCGCAGACAUUGACAAGAUGACAAAUGGAGAAACGUCAUCCUACUGGCAGUCAGAUGGCAGUGCCCGCUCACACUGGAUUCGUUUAAAAAUGAAGCCAGAUGUUGUGCUUAGGCACCUGUCCAUUGCAGUGGCUGCCGCUGACCAGAGCUACAUGCCGCAGCAGGUGACAGUAGCAGUGGGGAGGAAUGCCAGCGAUCUCCAGGAAGUCCGUGAUGUGCACAUUCCCAGCAAUGUCACCGGCUAUGUGACACUGCUGGAAAAUGCUAACAUCACUCAGCUCUAUGUCCAGAUUAACAUAAAGCGUUGUCUUAGCGAUGGAUGCGACACUAGAAUUCAUGGUCUGAGGGCUGUUGGCUUUCAGAAAGUUAAGAAGUCUGGGGUCUCGGUCUCAGACGCUUCUGCAAUAUGGUACUGGUCUCUGCUGACAUCUCUGGUGACGGCUUCCAUGGAGACAAACCCUGCCUUUGUCCAGACAGUGCUGCGCAACACUCAAAAGGCACUACAGCACAUGCCUCCACUGUCCCUCUCACCGGGGUCCAUGGACGGCUCAACUUUCCUGUCCCCCAAUGUUCUGGAAGAAGUAGACAGCUUCCUCGUAAGGAUAACUAGCUGCUGUUCUACUCCAGAAGUGGAGCUGACUCUUCUGGCUUUUGCACUAGCAAGAGGAAGUGUUGCUAAAGUGCUGAGCUCUCUGUGUACCGUGAUAGACCACCUGGACACACACUAUGAUGCCUCGUCCCUCAUCUCGUCCAUGGCAUCGGUCAGGCAGAACCUACUCCUUAAAUAUGGUAAGCCUCUCCAGUUGACUCUGCAGGCUUGUGAUGUCAAAGGAAAAGAAGAGAAGUCGGGGCCUGAAAACCUCCUUGUUGAACCAUGGACGAGGGACGGUUUUCUCACAGAGACUGGAAAAACCAGAGCGAGUACUAUUUUUUCUACAGCGACUGAAUCUGCCUUCCAAGUUACACAGAUCAGAAUUAUGGUUCGACGUGGAGGCAUUGGUGCCCAAUGUGGGCUGGUGUUUACCUAUAACUCAUCUUCUGAUAAAUUUCAUGCAGAAGAACACUUCAAAAGGUUUGAAAAAUAUGACAAGUGGAAGAUUCAGGAAUUUAGGAAAUUUGUAAAAAGCAGGAUCGGUUGCUCAUCUGAUGACCUUGGAGAGGAUGACCCUGUUGGCUGGUUUGAGCUGGAAGAAGAAUGGGAUGAAGCAGAGGUCAAGCUGCAGCAGUGCAGAGUUGCCAAAUAUUUGAUGGUGAAGUUCCUGUGCACCCGUCAGGAGUCGGCAGAGCGCUUGGGAGUACAAGGCUUGAGCAUCAGUGGGUACCUUCGGCCUGUGAGGGCAGAAGCAGAACUGAGCGCCACCUGUGCUCACUGCAGAAAGGACGCGGAGGAGAGUGUCUGUGGAGCCACACUGCUCCUUAGGACCCUUCAGUUCAUCCAGCAGCUUGCCCAUGACCUGAUGCAGCAGAAGAAAAGUGGCUUAAAGUACAGAUCUUUCCUGGACUUCGCAGGUCUUGAUUUGCAGAUCUUCUGGAAUUUUUACAGUAAAUUAAAGCAAAACCCGAGAGAAGAAUGCAUCUCUGCCCAAACCCUACUCUUGCAGCUCCUCCAGAGCUGCUUCUCGGUGCUGCAGAGAGACUCCCCAGCUUCCUUGGAGGAUGCAAAGGCUCCACGCCAGAGCCCCAGAGGGGUGGAAGCCGCCAAGGAGCUCUAUACACACUUAUGUGAUGUGGUGGAUAGGGUGGAUGAAGACUCAGUGCCCAUGGAAAUGUUAAAACAAGAAGUCAGAAACACCCUUCUCGGUGGGGCUGCCAUCUUCUUUCCAGAUCGACAGACCCAGCGGCACCAUCUCUUCACCAUGAUGAAAAAUGUUACCGAGCAGGAACACAAGCAGUCCCUACAGCUAACUUUCCGCUCACUGUGCACGUAUUUCAGUGACAAGGAUCCAGGCGGCCUUCUUCUUUUACCCGAGAAAGGCGACCUGGCCGGUAUGAACAUCAGCGAGGUCCUGGCAGUCAUGAGGACUCUCCUCUCUGUUGCUGCUCGAGAGUGUGAACUGUUGAUGCUCGACAGGGCCCAAGCAGAAGUCGGCUCUGUGCUCUUCUCCCUGUUCUGGUCUGUCCAGGGCAGCCUGCUCUCCUGGUGCUACCUGCAGCUGAAGAGCACAGACCCUGGAGCCAAAGAUCUUGCCGUCGACCUUCUUGAAAAAUAUGUGGGACAGUUUCUGGCAAGCAUGAGAGUGAUUUUGGAAUCCCUUUUGUCACAGUACAGUGGAAAAUCCUUAGUAGAAAAAUUAUGUAAUUCGGUGUUUUCAAUGGCAGCUCGUCAACUGGUAAUCUUUCUGCUGGACUUCUGCACUUUGGACAUUUCCCACCUCACACUCCUGAGAGAGUUCAGUGCCCUAACAGAGUUGUUGAAGCAGCUCUGCAGUGACCCCGAAGGAGGACCAAAUAAGCUGGAUGUCGAGACUUGGCAACAGGAACAGCCAGUGGUGUUACAUACAUGGACUAAGGAGUCUGCCCACAACUAUGAAAAUAAUUGCCAUGAGGUGUCUGUCUUUGUUAGCCCAGGGGCCACCUAUUUUGAGGUGGAAUUUGAUGAGAGGUGUGAAACUGAAAAAAGGUAUGAUUAUCUGGAAUUUACCGAUGCUAGAGGUGGGAAAACACGUUAUGACACAAAAGUCGGCACUGAUAAAUGGCCCAAGAAAGUGACCUUUAAGGCUGGUCCUCGGCUACAAUUUCUCUUUCAUUCUGACAGCAGUAACAAUGAGUGGGGCUACAAAUUCACUGUUACUGCUUACGGCCUGCCUGAUGUUGCCGUGUCUUGGGGCUUGGAUUUACAGCUUCUUGUUUCCCGACUGAUGGGACGCCUUGCUUCCCAGUGCAUGGCACUCAAGUCUGUGCAUCAGUUAGGAAGUAACAUGGCAGUACCUCAGGCAAAAAUGGCAUUAGUCCUAAACUCCCCCUUGUGGAAACCUGUCUUCAGGCAUCAGAUAUGUCCCGAGUUGGGAUUAGAAGCAAGCUGGCCCACUCAUCCAGAACAGGAUAGUAAGGAGGUUAAGAACAUCCCUGAUGACCCCUGCCACCAUUUUCUUCUUGAUUUUGCACAGUCAGAUCCUGCUCAGAACUUCUGUGGGCCAUAUUCAGAACUUUUCAAAGGACUCAUACAGGCAUGUAGAAAACAGGCCCCAAAGACAGAUAUAGUUGCUGGUUCCACUAUUGAUCAAGCUGUGAACGCCACCUUUGCUGCUCUGGUGUAUCGCACUCCAGAUUUAUAUGAGAAGCUGCAAAAAUAUGUAAACAGUGGGGGCAAGACAGCCCUGAGUGAGGAAUUUGCACAGGUGUAUUCCUUGGCAGAUGGGAUUCGAAUAUGGAUGUUAGAGAUGAAGCAGAAGUCCCUGGUGAGCCUGGGGAAUGAGGCCGAAGAAAAGCACGGGUCAGAAGCGGCCGAGGCGAACCCUGAGAACCUGGCAAAAGAAUGUAUUCAGAAAAGUCUUCUAUUAUUGAAAUUUUUGCCCACGGGUAUAAGUUCAAAAGAAAGCUGUGACAGUUUGGUGACUACAGAUGAAACUGAUCAUCUGCAGCCACUUGACAGGCGCCAGAGGACAAGCUCUGUGGUAGAGGAGCACUUCCAAGCCUCCGCAGCUCGUACGGAAACAGCUCCCGCUGCUGCGGGAGACAGGAGUCCUGGCUUGGAUGUCCAGCCGAAGCUGCCUCCCAGCAGUGGCCCUCCUGCCGCAGAAGUGUCCUCUGCCACAGCUGAAGAACCCUCGUCGCCUUCCACUCCCACUCGGCGGCCUCCCUUCACCCGAGGGCGACUCCGGCUACUCUCCUUCCGAUCGUUGGAGGAGGCCAGACCGGUGCCCACAGUAAAAGAGAAAUACCCUGUGCUGAAGGAUGUCAUGGACUUUAUUAAAGAUCAGUCACUCUCCCACGAGAGUGUUGUAAAGGUUCUUUCCCUGAGAAAAGCCCAAGCCCAGAGCAUCCUCGAAGUCCUAAAGAUAAUUCAGUAUUGUGCAGAAUCCCUUGGGCAGCCUCAUUGCUUCCAUCCGCCUUGUAUACUUUUUCUGUUGGAACUUCUGACAUGCCAGAAAGAGUUCACCAAUUAUUUUGGACACUUGGAAGGCUGUGGUGCAGAUCUACACAAAGAAAUUCGAGACACUUACUAUCGAUUUGUUCUCUUUCUGGUCAAAGCAAUCAAAGGAUUUAGUAGCAUAAAUGACAGAUCCUUGCUGCCUGCCUUGUCCUGCAUACAGACAGCCCUCCUUCAUCUUUUGGAUAUGGGCUGGGAAUCCAGUGACCUCACCUUCUUUGUUGACAUUCAGUUACCAGAUCUCCUCAUGAAAAUGUCACAAGAAAAUAUAAGUGUACAUGACAGCGUGAUCAGCCAAUGGAGUGAAGAAGAUGAGCUUGCUGAUGCCAAGCAGAAUUCAGAAUGGAUGGACGAGUGUCAGGAUGGCAUGUUUGAGGCCUGGUAUGAAAAAAUAGCCCAGGAAGACCCAGAGAAGCAGAGGAAAAUGCACAUGUUUAUUGCUCGCUACUGUGACCUGUUAAAUGUGGACAUCUCUUGUGAUGGCUGUGAUGAGAUUGCCCCCUGGCAUCGCUACCGGUGCCUGCAGUGCAGCGACAUGGAUCUCUGUAAAACUUGCUUCCUGGGUGGUGUGAAGCCCGAGGGCCACGGAGAUGACCAUGAAAUGGUCAACAUGGAGUUUACCUGUGACCACUGCCAGGGUUUGAUCAUAGGCCGGAGGAUGAAUUGUAAUGUGUGCGAGGACUUUGAUCUUUGCUAUGGAUGCUAUGCAGCAAAGAAAUAUUCCUAUGGCCAUUUGCCCACCCACAGCAUCACGGCACACCCGAUGGUGACCAUCCGGAUCAGCGACCGACAGAGGCUCAUCCAGCCCUACAUCCACAACUAUGCCUGGCUGCUCUUUGCUGCCCUGGCUCUCUAUAGUGCCCACCUGGCCAGCUCAGAGGAAGUGGAUGGUGAAAAGCUGGACCCACAGGCCCACAGCAGCGCCAUCACCCUGCGGAGCCAAUGCAUGCAGCUUGUUGGGGACUGUCUCAUGAAGGCUCACCAGGGAAAAGGUCUUAAAGCUCUAGCUCUUCUUGGUGUAUUGCCAGAUGCUGACUCCACUCCAGAAAAUCAGGCCCCACCAGUCACUGUGCCCAUCCAGACUUCAGAGGAGCAGCUAGAGAAGAAAGCUCUCCAGAGUGCUCAGGAGCUGUCAGAUGCAGGCGCUUUUGUGUACUGCAAUGGAAAGAGUGAUGUUCAUAAGGAAGUCAUACCUUUGGAUUGCAAGCAGAGAAAUAAGGCAAAUGAGAGUAUGUCGUUAAUGAAGGAUCCUUCAUGCCAGAUUCAAAUUCUAGACUCACCUGCACAUGCUAGCACACCUACAGGACUUUCAGAUGCUGAUAAUUCAGAAGCGCCAUCUCAGAAGCCCAUCACGGAAAAGGCAGUUACUCCAAGCCCUGAGCAGGUGUUUGCUGAAUGUUCCCAGAAGAGGGUUUUGGGAUUACUAGCGGCCAUGUUACCUCCCUUAAAGUCGCAGGAUCCCACAGUCCCCCUGAUGGACCUGGAGCACGUCCUUCCACUCAUGUUUCAGGUUGUCAUCUCAAACGCAGGCCACCUGAAUGAAACCUACCACCUCACCCUGGGUCUUCUCGGCCAGUUAAUCAUCCGCCUUUUGCCAUCAGAGGUAGAUGCUGCAGUGAUCAAGAUCCUCUCAGCCAAACACAACCUAUUUGCUUCAGGGGACAAUUCUAUUGUGCCAGAUGGCUGGAAGACCACCCACCUGCUGUUUAGCCUGGGAGCUGUGUGCCUGGACAGCCGGGUAGGUUUGGACUGGGCGUGCUCCAUGGCAGAGAUCCUGCGCUCACUCAACAGUGCCCCGUUGUGGCGUGACGUCAUUGCCACCUUCACAGACCACUGCAUCAAGCAGUUGCCUUUCCAGCUGAAACACACCAACAUCUUCACCCUGCUAGUGCUGGUCGGCUUCCCCCAGGUUCUGUGUGUGGGGACCCGCUGUGUUUAUAUGGAUAAUGCCAAUGAGCCACAUAAUGUGAUCAUCUUGAAGCACUUUACUGAGAAAAACAGGGCUGUGAUCGUUGAUGUUAAAACUCGGAAAAGGAAAACAGUGAAGGACUACCAGCUGGUCCAGAAAGGAGGAGGACAGGAAUGCAGUGACUCUCAGGCCCAGCUGAGCCAAUAUUCCCAGCACUUUGCCUUCAUUGCCAGUCACCUUCUGCAGACCAGCAUGGACAGCCAUUGUCCUGAGGCAGUGGAAGCAACUUGGGUCCUGUCCCUGGCCCUCAAAGGAUUAUAUAAAACACUAAAGGCUCAUGAUUUUGAAGAGACGCAUGCUACCUUCUUCCAGACUGAUUUGCUGAAGCUGCUGGUGAAAAAAUGCAGCAAAGGGACUGGCUUCAGUAAAACUUGGCUCCUCCGGGACCUGGAAAUUUUGUCCAUCAUGCUGUAUUCUUCAAAAAAGGAGAUCAGCUCUCUGGCCGAGCAUGGAGACUUGGAGCUGGAUGAGCGAGGGGACCAAGAGGAGGAGGUGGAACAGUCGGUCAGCAGCCCAAGUGAGCCAGAGCAGAAGAAGCUAGACCCUCUCGAAAGCCUGGACGAGCCCACCAGAAUAUGUUUCCUGAUGGCUCACGAUGCCCUCAAUGCCCCUCUGCACAUUCUCCGGGCCAUAUACGAACUACAGAUGAAAAGGACUGAUUCGUUCUUCCUGGAGGUUCAGAAGAGGUUUGAUGGGGAUGAACUCACCACAGAUGAUAGGAUACGGACCCUGGCUCAGAAGUGGCAGCCCAGCAGGAGUCUGAGAUUGGAUGAGCAGAGUGCCAAAGCUGUGGAUACAGACAUGAUUAUCUUACCGUGCUUGUCCCGGCCCACACGCUGUGACAAGGCCACUCCUGAAUCAAACCCCGUGACCCAGAAGCUGAUCUCCAGUACAGAGAGUGAACUGCAGCAGAGCUAUGCCAAGCAGCGGCGUAGCAAGAGUGCCGCCCUCCUGCACAAGGAGCUGAACUGCAAGAGUAAGAGGGCAGUCCGGGACUACCUUUUCCGUGUGAAUGAGGCCACAGCCAUCCUGUACGCUCGCCAUGUGCUAGCAUCCUUGCUCGCUGAGUGGCCUGGGCACGUGCCAGUGAGUGAGGACAUCCUAGAGCUAAGUGGCCCUGCGCAUAUGACCUACAUUUUUGAUAUGUUCAUGCAACUGGAAGAAAAACAUCGGUGGGAAAAGAUCCUGCAGAAGGUGCUCCAGGGCUGCCAAGAGAACAUGCUGGGGACCAUGGCUCUGGCUGCCUGCCAGUUCAUGGAAGAGCCAGGAAUGGAGGUGCAAGUGAGAGAAUCGAAACACCCAUAUAACAACAAUACCAACUUUGAGGAUAAAGUUCACAUUCCUGGUGCAAUCUACCUCUCAAUCAAAUUUGAUUCUCAGUGCAAUACAGAGGAAGGCUGUGAUGAACUAGCCAUGGCCAGCAGCAGUGACUUUCAGCAGGAUCGACACAAUUUCAGUGGGUCUCAACAGAAAUGGAAAGAUUUUGAACUUCCAGGAGACACUCUGUAUUACCGCUUCACCUCUGACAUGAGCAACACUGAGUGGGGCUACAAGUUCACUGUGACAGCUGGACACCUGGGGCGAUUCCAGACAGGAUUUGAAAUUUUGAAGCAAAUGCUGUCAGAAGAAAGAGUUAUUCCACACCUCCCUUUGGCCAAAAUGUGGGAAUGGCUGGUAGGCGUGGCCUGUCGCCAGACUGGUCAUCAGCGAUUAAAAGCCAUUCACCUACUUCUGAGGAUUGUGCAAUGCUGCACCCACAGUGACCUCUGUGACCUUUCGCUGUUAAAGCCCCUGUGGCAGCUCUUCACCCACAUGGAGUACAGCCUGUAUGAAGACGUGACACAGCCAGGCAUCCUCCUCCCCCUGCACCGUGCCCUCACCGAGCUCUUCUUCGUCACAGAGAACCGUGCUCAGGAGCUCGGCUUGCUGCAGGAUUACCUGCUGGCCUUAACCACGGAUGACCACCUUCUCCGCUGUGCGGCACAGGCUCUGCAGAACAUCGCUGCUAUCAGUCUGGCCAUCAACUACCCAAACAAGGCGACCUGCCUCUGGAAUGUCCAGUGUUAGCUCUUGGUAUGGCGUGCAUGGAACCAGCUGCUCUGACCGCAGGGAUUUUUACAGCUGAUAUCUAAACUCAUUCAGCAAAAUUCCUGUGGCGUCAAUGCCUGGCUCUCCGUGAGCUCCCACUUCCACUCCAGUCAGAAUGCUGAGUAGCCACGUAUCCAAGAACGUCCCAUGUCACAGGCUAGACCCCUGAACAUACCAUAGCAUGUGAGAACAAGCAGAGCAGUGCAAAAUUAUUCAGGACGGCCUGGCAAGGGGCCCUUAAGAAGGUUGUUCUCCAGGAUCUGUCCUUGCAGAAGCUGCUGCCCAGGGAAGGCCUGGAAGCAGCCUCUCUGGAAGGGGUUUUGUCUCAGUUGAGCUGGAACUGCUUGCACUUGCCCUUAAGUGAAUCCCAAUCUGCAGAGAGCCACCUGUCUCAGCAAGGCCUCCAGCAGCAGCGCCAGGCUUGGGAGUUCCUCUCUUGCUUUUGCUUCCUGCGGCUGGCUAAUCCAACCCGAAACCGGAGAGAACUAGCCCGCCUACCACCACCUGGUCCCCAGCGUUUAGUCUGGGAACCGUGCUGCGCCUGCUCCCCAGCCACAGCCUUCCCAGAGAAGUCCUCCGUGAGAACAGUGCCCUUGGGAACUGCCUGCAGGCCACCCAAGAGCGUCCGCUCACGCACUGGCUCCCAGCAUGUCUGAGUUUUUUCGGUUGUUCUGACAUAUUUCGGUUUCCACCUCACGUUUUUAGAACAGAACUACAUGGACUCCCCGGAGAGGGCCUCAGGGAAUGCCGAGUAGCAUAGUCAUUCAGGGGGACAGACUGGUGUGAAAGUGGCAGAAGCUAAGGAAUCUCUUUAGCUUGUGUACCUAAAACGACUUGAAGUGCUAUCAGAGGAGAUCUUAUUUUAGAAGUAAAACAAACAGAAAAACAGAUGAUUUUAUUUCCGCUCCGUGGUCGGUAACUCAUCAGGCUCGCCUCUGGGACUCGGCAUGGUUACUUGGCUGUCGCUUGACUAGCAAUAACUGCAUUAGUUCUGAUGAAUGCUGCUUCCAUUUUUCUUUCUAUGGUGUGUCUUGCCCUGAAGUGCUGAUGAUGAUUCUCUUUCCAAAGCCACGCUCUGGAGUGUGAAGCGGGGUUGGCAGUGGGCUGUCUACAAGCCUCUGGGGGACUCCUGGGCAUAAGGAGUGCCUGAUGCCGCUGCCAUUUAAGGGCGGGUGUCCGGGCCUUGGCACGUCCCGCCACACAGCACCACACCCCAGGAAGGCUCCUCGCAGCCAGGCCGAGCUGGAGGUCUGCACUGCUGUGGCCUCUGAAGCCCCUCUGCAGGCUCCGCAGGCCUCUGGGCCCAGAAGCCCACAACUGCAGGUCUUAGGAGCAUCUUAACUGCAAGGGCCCUUUUGCCUUCUGGGCGUGGAGGCCGAGAUACAGAGCGACCUUCUUGCAGCCCUAGAAUUAGGUCCUCGGCCAAGCCCCAGCUGCACGUAGAAGGGAGAAUUCAAAGGGGACAGAAACAAAUGGGGCCGGUCUGGACACCUGGUGGCCUGGGGCCCACUGCCCUGACGUCAGCAAGGCCAGGGCCGGGCCUGGGCUCCUGUGGUAGGGGGGGCGUGAGGAGUCUGGCACUGCCGGCUGGGGAAAAGCCCCUUUCUUGUCUUUUGCUCUGCCCGCACUUCCAGAAGAGGCUCCACGUUCCAUGCCACCCAGACCCAGUAGGAUUCUCAGUGAGGAGGGAGAUCACAGAGAACAAGAGAUCCCAGCACGGGCUCAGACUCAGUGACUGCCUGGAAGAUAGACAUGGUGAUGGUGCCACUCCCUGCUUGACCGUGCCACACCACCCACCCCAUUCUCGCUUGGCCUGACUUGUAGUGGAGCAGGGACAGAGGGGUGGGGCAGCCGGCACACCCUUCAUGGCAGUUGCCACCAGCUUUGCUUCCACCCUUCCAUCGGGAAGACAAAUUGUAAAUAAACACUGGACUCCUCACAGCUUCUCUCUAUACACCACCCUUGCUGUUCUGGUCUCCCUGUACUUCAAUUUGCAUAGAAUAAGCCUAAGUUUUCCCUUAACACACAACUGUGCUGUCUUGGCAGGACCCACCUGGCCAGGCCACCCUGCUCGCACCCUGCCUCUCUUUCAGCCACUAGGUGGCGCUGCUGUGCCAGGCCCUGCUCCCCUGGCCCUCCUGAGGCUGGUGACACCCUCGACUCCUGGUCCCCAACCUGUACCAGCAGUAUCUGAAAGAACAGAUUUCUGUCAAGACCAACAUCCCUUUGAUCCUUCUUAGGAGGCCGGACUGCCCGGAAUGAGAUAAAUCUGGCCAGAAUAAAGGUGUUGUGGAAACAUGUGCCUAAUCUAUAAAGAAAUUUCUGUUCCAAAUCAUGUAUAAUGUACAAACAGACACUGUUCCUAAUGAGGAGUGACUUAUUUUCAUCAUAGAUUUUAAUUUGUUUUCUUACGGGUUUACAAUUUUGAAUUUUUCCUAUUUGGUUGAAAGAAAGAAUUUUGAUUAUAUCAGGAGAGUUCAGCCUGUAAAAAGAAUGUUAAGUUGUAGGUAAAAUAUGCAAAUGAAGAGAAAUAUAUUGUACAAAUUCUAUAUAAAAAAGUAAAA